UAUGACUCAUCGUUUCAGGAAAGAUAUGUUGAAGAGUGAUGCAGAAAAAAAAUUACCGAAAAAUAAACUUCAACGCAGACUACGAGAACAAUUUCAACGAGCUAUGGGUGGAACCCCUUCCUGGGCAGAUACAGAUACAAAAAAAAAGAAGGGCAGAAAAAGCACAGUUGAUGAAAGUGGAGAAGAUGACGACGAUGAAGAGGAAGGAUUGCUGCGCAAAACUGGCAAUUUCAUAGCUGCAUCAGAGGCCUUACCUCGGGGUAUCAUACAGAUGAAGAACUGUUUGGAUGCCAAUCAUGAGCGGCCCUCCAAUGCGAAGUUAACAACUGUACAGUUUCAUCCUUCUGCACAAGUUGUCAUGACAGCUGGAAUAGACCAGUCUAUUUCACUGUUUCAGGUUGAUGGAAAAACAAACCCAAAGAUCCAGAGCAUUCAUCUAGAGCGAUUUCCUGUACAUAAGGCUCGCUUCAGUGCUGAUGGAGAACAGGUCAUUGCAACGAGUAUACACAAUAAAAUGUUUUAUGUGUAUGACAUGAUGGGUGGAAAAAUUAUUCCUGUUUACAGUGUCAGAGGUCUUGAAGAAAGGAUUGUGAAGAAUUUUGAUGUCUCACCUGAGGGGUCAUUUCUGCUUAUUAUGGGAAAGAUGGGAUAUCUUCAUUUGCUUAGAAUGAAGACCAAAGAGCUGAUAGCCAGCAUGAAGAUAAAUGGUCAUGUUACUGGAGCUGUUUUCUCACCAGAUGGCAGUAAAAUCUACAGUCACUCUGAUGAAGGUGAAGUUUAUAUUUGGGAUGUGAAAAGUCGACGGUGUCUAAACCGAUUUACAGAUGAAGGUUGUUUGUGUGGGACAAGUAUCACAGUAUCCAAAAAUGGGCAGUAUGUGGCAUGCGGCUCAAGUUCUGGAGUGGUAAAUGUUUACACCCAUGAUGAUUGUCUCCGGGAAACCAACCCCAAACCAGUAAAAGCUGUAAUGAACCUAGUAACGGCAGCUACAUCUCUCUGCUUCAACUCCACAACAGAGGUUCUGUCAAUUGGCUCAAGUGCCGCUGAUGAUGCAGUCAGAUUGGUUCACAUUCCCUCAUUUACUGUAUUCUCAAAUUUCCCAGUGUUCAGAAGGAAAAUAAUAUACCUUGCGCAGUGCAUGGAUUUUUCGCCAAGAAGUGGCUUUUUCUCUAUUGCAACAAACAAAGGCAAAGCCUUGCUGUACAGGUUUGUUAAAUACAGAACUUUCAGUAAUUUCUACUCUAAUGAACACGGGUAA